AUGGGUCUUCAUCUAUGGAUGAUAACGAAGUUGGUGGUCGCUUUGUCUAAAGUAAUUUUCUUGUUUAGAGUUAGUGAUGCAGCAAAGAAUGCUACCUUUGAUGAGAAUUAUAAGAUAACUUGGGGAAAUCAGCAUGUUCAACUUCUUAAUCAAGGACAAGAGGUUCAGUUGUCAUUGGAUAAUACCUCAGGUUCUGGAUUCGGGUCAAAAGAUUAUUAUGGAUCUGGAUACUUUCAGAUGAGGAUUAAAUUACCUGGUUGGGAUUCUGCCGGUGUUGUUACUGCUUUUUAUUUAAAUACAAAUCUUGGUGCGCACAAUGAAUUGGACUUUGAGUUCUUAGGAAACAAACCAGGCAAACCUAUUACCCUACAGACUAACGUAUUUGCAAAUGGAGUUGGAGGUAGAGAGCAAAGAAUUCGUCUUUGGUUCGAUCCCUCGACAGACUUCCAUUACUACAAACUAUUGUGGAACCAACAUCAGAUUGUGUUUUUUGUGGAUGACAUACCAAUAAGGGUAUUCAAAAAUAACAUGAUGAAUGGUGUGGGAUUUCCUAACAAAGCAAUGCAAUUGGUUGUAAGCUUAUGGGAUGGGUCUAGUUGGGCCACCGAUGGAGGUAAAACGAAGGCUAAUUGGGCUCAUGCGCCAUUUCUAGCUCAUUUUCAAGAUUUUAGAAUUGAUGGUUGUGUCUCAUCACCCACUAGUCCUAAUAAGGACUGCUAUUCCUCAAGGUAUCCAUGGAAUAACCAAAAGUUUUGGCAAUUAAACAAUCGUCAAUUAAGAGCUUAUGAGAAUGUGAAAAGAAGGUCAAUGAAAGAUUUUGUACUUGAUGAAGACAUAGAUGCCCCAGAUGCAGUGCUUAAACCUUUCCAUUUCUGUUUAUUUUUAACGAUAUUCCAAAUAUGUUUGUUCCUAAAAUCGGCACCAUAUUUAGCAUGA